AUGCCGGCUCCAUGCAAUUGCAAACAUGUAGAUAAGGUAUCGCAAAGUACGAGUUUGGCGGCCUUGUCACCAGAACUCGAAAAGGAAUUUGCUAAUCCUUUACACCCAGCCAAUUUAAUUUGUGAGUUGUGCAGAUUAUUCUAUGAUAACAAUUGGGUUACAGGCACAGGAGGCGGAAUUUCGAUUAGAGAUGUUGAAGGUCCAAAUCCAAAUCUCGUCUAUAUUGCGCCAUCCGGGGUACAAAAGGAGAGAAUCCAGCCAUGGGAAAUGUUUUUGGUUGAAUUACCAGAUGAAAAAUUAUUGCGUACUCCCAAUGAUAUUCCUGAUGAAUUGACAAAAAAAUACAAGUACAAGCCAAGUGCAUGUACCCCGUUGUUUAUGAGCUGUUACAAAAUGAGAGACGCGGGAGCUUGUAUACAUACGCAUUCGCAAAACGCAGUGAUGAUCACAUUACUCUUUGAAAAUCAGAGCCAAUUUGAAAUCAGCCAUAUUGAACAGAUUAAAGCUUUGCCCAAAUUGGUAUAUAACAAAGAGAGCAGCAAGGUGGAAAAAGUGGCAAGUUUGGAAUAUUACGAUACAUUGACCAUACCAAUUAUAGAAAAUACGCCACACGAAGAAGAUUUAACCGACUCUUUACAAGAAGCAAUCAAAAAUUUUCCAGGAGCUUCAGCAGUUUUGGUGAGAAGACACGGAAUAUAUGUUUGGGGUGAAACUGUUUGGAAAGCCAAGAUAUAUAACGAGGCAAUCGAUUAUCUAUUAGAAUUAGCAAUAAAAAUGUAUCAAGCUGGUAUACCUUUAGUUAAGAAGGUACAAGACACUAUUGAGCAGAGCGAGAUAUGUUGUAACAAGCUACAAGACACUAUCGAACAGAGCGAGAUAGUGUUGUAA